AAUCACCAACGGAUCUUCCCGGCAUCAACGACCCUUUUUUGCUGUAUGUUGGCGCUACCUCCAGGCUUCACUCGGAUCAGGGUUUGCCCCAGCUAGCAGCUCGCUGGUGACUCGCAAACAUCGGUUGGCCAUGGCCGUAGCUAGCUAAACGUGAUAGCGCUUCGUCACACCGGAGACGAAUGCAAGCGAACGAAGAUCCUGCUCGACCUCGGGCGCCCUAGCCAGCCACCUGACCCAGCUAGCCAAACAACGCUGAGCAGAAACUCAAGCCAUGUACACAUGCAUGUGCAAGACUUGCUGUACUCUACUGCACCGCGUAUUGAAGUUUCUACACAGCACAUGUGCUGCGCCAUCGAUGUGCAAAGCGAAAGACUCAAAGUCGUUGUUUUUUUGGCUUUUCAACUGACUCUGUGGCGGCGUCUGCGUUUUUCCUUCCAGUGCGGGCUGCCUCAUGCAUGUGUUUGUUUGUUGGCUAACCAAGCUCAGUGUUGGCUGAUGUGGCUUGUCGGUGAUUGGAACCGCUGAUGUUCUCGGGAUAGCAGUCCUGGAGGAGGAUGUGGCAUCGGACUGCGGUAAAUGGCCUCCAAAAUUUGGGCAUGUAUUUGCAAUUGCAAUGCAGAUAAAGUGGAGCAGAGGCGAAUACACCGCGAGAUCGAGAAGGAGCUGAAAAAGGACAAGAAAGAGACGAACCGGUCAUUCAAGCUCCUUCUCUUAGGUACUGGUGGUUCCGGCAAAAGUACGUUCAUAAAGCAGAUGCGCAUAAUCCAUGGCAAUGGAUACAGUCAACAAGAACGCGAUUACUUCAGGCAGCUUGUGUUCCAGAACAUGUUUUCCACGCUGCAAACCCUGGCACAGUCCAUGCAGGAUCGUGGCGUUAUGUUCAAAGUGUCAGAAUCUGAGAAGUGGACACGAUUACUGUUCGCCAUGAAUCCGGAGACGAUAACGGAGUUGUCACACGCGCAGCAGAACAUGGCCAGGGUGCUGUGGCAGGACGCUGGCGUUCGCGGCACUUUUGACCAGCGUUUUGAGCUGCAGCUGCCAGUGUCGGACGCAUCUGUGUCCUUCCUCGAGGACACGACCCGGGUCUUUUGCAGCAACUAUGUUCCGACGUUAUCGGACAUCUUGCGGGUGCGCGUCCCCACGACUGGCAUAACGGAGUAUCCCUUUCACCUGGACGGCGCAGUCUUCCGGAUGGUUGACGUCGGUGGUCAGAGAUCCGAGCGGCGGAAAUGGAUACAUUGCUUCGAGGACUGCACGUCAAUCAUCUUCGUCACCGCCUGCAGUGAAUACGAUGAAACAAUAAUCGACAUUGAUAUUCAAGGCCAUGAGGUUUCAGGGAACCGUAUGGCUGAAAGCCUGGCGCUAUUCCAGACAAUCAUCAGCUACCCGUGGUUCCAUAAGUCAUCCAUCAUCCUCUUCAUGAACAAGAAAGAUUUGCUGGAGGAGAAGGUGGUGACAGUGGAUUUCAAGAGCCAUUUCCCAUCCUACUCUGGACCACCGAGGGACUACAUACGCAUUCGGCAGCACAUCCUGGAGAUGUUCUCGUCGCUGAAUCCGGACCCGUCGCGUGUCAUCUACCCACACUUCACGUGUGCCACCGACACGGAGAAUAUUCGCUUUGUGUUCUCCGCUAUCAAGGACACGAUCAUCAUGCUGAGUCUGAAACAGUAUAACUUAAUGUGAUCCAGGUGUGUUCGUUUCGGCCCCGAUCGGCCACGCGCAUGUGUGUGGCAUCCAGAUGGCUUCCAGUGUUCACGGAAACAUUUGCCAUUUGAUGGCUGGCCAGUGUCCAGCUCACCUCACCUCCAUCGCUGACCCUAGCUUGACGCUGGUGGAGUUUUCCCCGUCCGGUUUCUUUACGCCCAUAAUACACAGCAUUGCAUACUGGAUCUACGCAGCUUACACGGAUCCUGUACAUUUUUCUGUCUUCCCCCAUUCCCCGCACACAUGCAACGCCGGUCGUGAAUUGUGAUAGUCCGCAACAGGUCGCUGGCGUGCUUCCUGCUACGGAUGCGUUGCAUGCCUUCUUCCGCGACUUCUAACCUUGGCUUAUGCAACGACAACGCGGACUGGGUGAUUUCCACUGUAUUUGAUGACCUGUUCCUACUAGCGCUCGCCAGCGUUGUGUUGCUGGCAGCUGUAUAAUUAUAUCUAAACGAGUUAUCGUUCCACGGCCCCGGUGGUCAGAUGGAACCAGUUUAAUUAGACUAUCAUCCGCACUCGCCCGUGCUUGUACUACUCAUUGUUGCUUCUCUUCUUUUCUGCACUUUGCACGGUUUGCCCUAGCUCGUUAACCGCUACCUCUUUUGCUGAACCUCUCUUCUCACCUUUAUCCGCGCCUGCAUGCACAGUGGCCUACCGACAAUCGGAAAUGGUAGCGCGCGGUGGAAGGAGUGCGAAUGAGUACUCCUGCUUUACGCCGUAUUGCCCUAUUUGGCCCCGCAUCGCCCGGAAAUUCAUUUUCCUGCAAUCUCGUGCUUUCUCAUGCUUUCUUUCGAUCAAUCCCUCCCUCUUCUUUCUGCUGCUGAUUUUGAAUGGAAAAUUCCAGUUUGUAUGCGCACAUUUGCCAGAGCUUUAACACCACCAUCAACAAUUUUACCUCGUUCGCCUCAGAGCGCUGUCCUCUGCAAAAAUUCUACGCACGCCGCAUCUUGAACAAAUUGAUCCGCACGCACCUCUAUCUGCUUCUGCCCGUGCGUGUGGAAUUCCGUGUAAUGACUCUGGGCGCUUGACAACGACGCUGAUUUACCUGACGCAUGUCCAGUCUCCCCUCCCCAUCCAUUUCUUUUAUCUUCUUUUUUUCUUUUUUCUUUCUUUUUGUCACUUACCCAGCGUUUGGGACCCUCCGUCCCUAGCACUUAUCGAUGUCCGUUUCUUACUAGGUUCUUGUGCUGUAUUUAGAGCAAUAAAUAAUUUGCAGUGUUAGACAAGUAUUCAAUGACAA